AUGAGUGAUAGACCUAUUGCUCCAAUCUCUAUAAACUUCCGUCAGGCAUUUGGUUUUGGCGACUUUGUCGCUGCGCCAGCUCAACCAGCUCAGGGUUUGUUAUUUGUUUUGUGUUAGAUUUCUUCUGAAAUUAAGUGGUGUUCUAGGAGUGUCAGCCGAUGAGAGCAUUCCAGAUUUUGUUGACGAGUUGCCGGAUAUCAUACUGGUAGGCCUUCGCUGUCACUCUAAACUGAUUAGUACACAGUUUUAUUCCAGCCGGAGCCAGCUACACCACCACCACCGCCACCACGUGCAGUUCCAACUCAAGAGCCAUUUAGAACAUACAUCGACAGCUAUCCCGAUGGAACAGGCAAGGAAAUCGUUCGUUGGGACAUUCCACGUGAGCCGAUUUCUAUCAACAAAGUGAGUUCAUCCGUUUAAUUCAACCAAAACGUUCUCAAAACUGGUUUUGUUAUAGCCACCCAACAUCCAAAACACUCAGCGAGCUGUCCAAGAAUACUUCCUGAGAGCUCGCAGACACCGAACCCGUUCUUCAACAUUUCUCGAGCGCUAUUAUCAAUUCGAGGUGCCUCCGCGAGUCGGCAAAAGCAUCACUCGCCGUUUCUACUCGUUGUACAAAGCACGAUUGAAUUGCGAUAAAGACGGAGUGAGAAUUCCACGGAUGGACGGAGAAUGCCAGAGUGUCAUCUACUACAAUCUACUAGAUGGACUCAUAGAUUUUCACAAGUCAAAGAGAGGAGAGCCUAUCGAACCACGACCGCCACAGUGUGAGUUUGAAAUUAAUAUGACGGAGACAUAAGUUGAUUGCUCUCGUUUUUAAGUGUUCACUCCGGUUUUCAACGUCGAAACGCAGUCCUACCACGCUCCAGAAUGA